AUGUCAUUGCAUCAAUCCCAGAAUGGCUGGCCAACGCCCGCUGGCAGCCAGGGAAAUGGAAUCAGGAUGAAUCAGCCCCCUUCCGAUGGCUCGUCGCGAUCCCAGAACGAUGCGACUUUGUUGAUGCCUGAGGCAUCAGACAACCACGACGAGGACCAACGACGCGCCCAUUUCGCCAGUCUCUUUCGCAAAACAGACGCCAGGAUCGCCGCCCUCUUUGCCGAUGACGGCGACAUCGAUGUCGCUGCAAUCGAGUCCCUGAAGCGCCCUCCCACCGCUGACGACUCGUUCAACCUGCCGCCCCCUACCACCGACCAUGCACCCAUCCAGCCACCCCCCCUGAAAAAGGCGAAACGGGUAAUUGAUGAGGACGACUAUGGCGACGAUGAUGAAGAUGACGAGGAAGAGGACAAUAACGCCGACGGUGGCUCCGCGCCGCCAAAAUCACAGACUGCUGCAAAUGCCGCCGCAGCCAAGACAUACCUUUCUCCCUCCAAGUCCGGGAGCUCUCCUGUCCACUCUGUCUCCUCUCCCGGCAAGAACGGCGAUAAAUCCAAAGAAGAUGGCGCGUCGCAAGACCAUGCGAGAUCAUCCGAAGAUGCGCGAAAGGAACUGGAAGAGGCUCGCAACGCAACCGAAGAGGCGGCCAAGCGCAGCUUCCACACACUCUUUUAUACUCUUGAGAAUGAUCGUACCGCCAUGUUGGAGCAACAGCAACUGGAGGAAUCUGAGAAACAGAUUCAGGCGGAGAUGGAUAAGAACGGCGGCAGCUCAUCCAACGAAGGCUCCGGCCAGGCCCACGGAUCCCUCAGCAGCGCCAACCUCGGCGCCUCAAGCCUGACGCUGAAGCAUCUCAUCGCCAGGAUAGAUAUGAAGCGCAGUCAGGUCCAAGCAACUGACCAGGAACUGCGCAGUCUGAUGAAUGAGGUUAGGAAGAAUCGGUCAAAAUGGGCGAGCGAAGACAACGUGGGUCAGGAGGAGCUUUAUGAGGCGUUGGAGAAGGUCCUCAGCGAAUUGAAGGCGCACACGGAGUACUCGACACCAUUCUUGCAAAAAGUUAGCAAGAGGGAUGCGCCAGACUACUACAGCGUCAUCAAGCAGCCUAUGGAUCUAGGUACCAUGACGAAGAAGCUCAAGCAGCUUCAGUAUAAAUCCAAGGCCGACUUUGUGGCCGACCUCAGCCUGAUCUGGGAUAAUUGUCUCCGAUACAAUCAGAACUUGAACAACCAUCUCCCUCGCAUGGCUAAUGGUAUGCGCAGGGAGGCCGACAAGCUCACUCCAUUGAUCCCUGACCUGGUCAUCAGGCCCCGCGCCGAGGUUGAGGCCGAAGAGCGGCGCAAGCAGAACGGUGGCGAGGACGACGCGGGCGACGAUAGUGACGAUGAGCCCAUCAUAUCCUCGCGCGGUCGUAGCAGUGCCACAAAAGGCGCCACGAAAUCGAGGAAGGCCCCUUCGGACCAGAAGGAGGGAACGCCAAACAAUGACACCAAGCCCAUACUGCAGCUCAACGGGAUCCUGGCCAAGACCGGCCGAGAAGGCUCCGAGAUGGGCGAGGGCAGCAAUGGAUUCGGGACCCCACCAGUCGGCUCCUUCACGCCCUUGGGCCAGCACGGCCAGUCCGGCAUUGGCAGCAAUGCCGACGCCAUGGAGACCGACGGCCCGUCUUUGAGCGGCAUGGUUCUCGACCAUGCGCUGGGUGAAGCUGCCGAGCAGGAGAUUGAGGAUGAAGAGUACAAGAUUUGGAAGCAAGUGACGAAAAAGGAUCGUGCCUUGGCCGCCCGUGAGCGCUACAAACUGUUCAAGGGCAACAAGCUCAACAUCGACGAGCCAGCACUCGUGAGGACCAAGGCCGGCAUGCGACGCGUGCUUCGAAGCCACAAGCAAGCAGAGUCGGCUGGUCUUCUCGCUGCGUCUGGCGGCGGCUCAUCAGCCAUCGCUGCAAAGGACUCAGCGAAGCCGAUCGAAACCCUGGCCGAGGGCAUGGAAGAUGAAGUAGAGCGAGCCAUUCCCGAUUACUACGAGACCAACCAUCUCGUGCCUGACGUUCCACCCAAGCUGCAAUGGGUCGAGGACGACGAGGGCCAGGUAAUAAACCAGCACGAGGAUGUCUUGCGUAUGGUACCGCGAGGCUUUUUCGUCGCCCCUCCGAGCAUUCUCACAAAGAAGUUCGAUGCGAAUCUCCGGCAGCUGCAGGAGACCAGGAAAGUUGUCUCCAAAAUUGGCGUCAUCAAGCAGAUGCAGAUACAGUCACAGGUCUACGCGAACCAGUUUCCCAAAUACGAACCAGAGCCCUUCGUGGAGGCUGACAUCGAACCUCAUUUCGUUGCCGGCGACGCGCCCGUUCUGGCGCCUGGCGUUUGCAAAUCGGCUUUGCAGCGUUCGGUGGCCAAAAUAUUCUAUCACGCUGGGUUUGAGGAGCUGCAGCCGUCUGCGCUCGAUGUGGUUGCAGACAUCGCUGGGGAUUAUUUCGAAAAGCUUAUUCGCACCUUCAACGUCUACCAGGAAGCCGAGAAGAAGAACGCCACGGGUGUGUACGCCGAGCGUGGGGCCAAAUUUCAACCGCGCUUCACACAAGAGGAGGUUAUCCUACACACCCUGAACGAGAGCGGCCUCAGCCUGGAGACAUUAGAGGGUUACGCCAAGGAUGAUGUUGACAGAUUAGGCACCAAGCUCGGAACAAUGCACGAGCGCAUGAAGUCCCACCUCGCGGACUUGCUUCGGCCAGCACUCAACGACGUCGGGCCGGACGGCGCUGGGGCUUUCAAGGAUGGCAGUGAGCAGUUCGUUGGUGGUGACUUUGCUGAGGAGCUUGGUGAAGACUUCUUUGGCUUCAAAGCCCUUGGUCUUGACAGAGAGCUCGGUUUGGAGAUGAUGUCGGUGCCUCUGCAUCUACUCCAGACUCGUGUCCGGAACACUUUCCAGUCCCAGGCACAAACCGUUGACGCUGAGAUCCACGACGUCUUUGAGCAGCUUCCUCCUGCGGACCCGGUCACAAAGGACAACAUUCAAGACCAGAUCGGGCUUGUCAAGAACUUCUUCCUCGCCAAGUUGCAUGCUAAUGGCGAUCAACCUUUGGUAGAGGAUGAGGAUCUCCCGGUCAAGCAGAAGAGGCCUCGCCCUCGCCUUGGCGCAACUGGUAAAAUUGUGUCCCCUCAGAAACGGCCGCCAAAGGAGCAAAUCGCACUGGCCAAGAAGAAGAAGAAGCUCGAGGCUGGCAAAGCCCAGGUCACCGAUCCCAAGCCCGGCGGUCCCAACUCGACGCCAGAAAAGGGCAAGAAGCUGGGCAAAAACAUUCCUGCGCUGCCCAACGGAGCCCCCAACUCCAUUCAGGCCCCGUCGAUGGAACGUGUUGACAGCUUGCAAAGCCAGGGUGUUGCGAGCAGCCCGCCUGGCGAUAUCAAGGAUGAGGCUGUCGGUAUGCUGAGUCCGGAGAGUAAUGAGCAGUAG